ACUAUCCAGUAGGUGAUUGGCAACGGGCUCGUAUCGUCCGAGUAACUCACAAGUGAUUGUAAAAAAUGGCAUCCGCGACGACGUCGCACAAUGAGGUUUCACAGCAAUUUUCCGUCAACAAACUUAUCCGAGUUGGUUAUUAUGAAUUGGAUAAAACAAUUGGAAAGGGUAAUUUUGCUGUUGUCAAAAUGGCCACCCAUGUCGUUACAAAAUCCAAGGUUGCUAUCAAGAUAAUAGACAAGACAAAACUUAGUGAGGAGAAUUUAGCUAAAAUAUUUCGCGAAGUGCACAUAAUGAAGAGACUGCGACAUCCCCACAUUAUUCGGCUUUACCAAGUAAUGGAGACUGAAAAAAUGAUUUAUUUGGUAACUGAGUAUGCACCUGGUGGUGAAAUAUUUGAUCACCUCGUGCGUAAUGGGAGAAUGUCCGAAUCCGAAGCGAGAAGAAUAUUCAAGCAGAUUGUACAGGCUGUUCACUAUCUCCACCAGAAUCGGGUCGUUCAUCGAGAUCUUAAGGCUGAGAAUCUACUCCUUGAUGCUGACAAUAAUAUUAAACUCGCUGAUUUUGGAUUCAGUAAUGAAUAUACACCGGGCGUGCCUUUGAGCACUUGGUGUGGUUCACCGCCUUAUGCAGCACCCGAAAUAUUCGAAGGUAAACAUUACGAUGGCCCAAGAACUGAUGUAUGGAGUUUGGGAGUUGUACUGUACGUAUUAGUCUGUGGGGCAUUGCCAUUUGAUGGGCCAACAAUGCAACUGCUUAGGGCAGUCGUUAUCUCGGGAAAAUUUAGGAUACCAUUUUUCAUGUCUGCUGAGUGUGAGAAAUUAAUCAGGCAUAUGCUGGUGGUGGAGCCGGAGAGGAGACUCAGUAUUAUACAGAUUUUGACGCAUCCUUGGAUGGCUGGCGAUGGACUCACUGAGCCGGAACCUGGAGGGUGCAGUCAGGAAACUAUUCAUCCCCAGCCUAUUAAUCAAAUGGUGAUAGAGAAUAUGUUGAGACUGCCUGGCCUGGAUGCAAACACUCUCCUAAAAUCCAUACAAGGAAACGCGUUUGAUCACGUAUCAGCGAUUUAUCACUUACUAGCUGACCGUAUGGAAUUUACAAUGCAGAGUUUACCGAGUAUGCAGACGCUACCAGGGGAUUACAUGGCUGACGGUGCCCACCAGUUGGAGAAAUUCGGUGAGACUGAGCCGGAGUGUGAGUCCGAGCGUAUUGGUCUCAAUUUACCUCCUGGUGCACCUUACCACGCUACCAGGAGGCAUACCGUGGGCCCCGGCGAUACAGCCCACCAACCUUCAUCACCCUAUCCUUACGCCUGUAAUUAUUCACCCGGUGGAUAUCCACCUCUUGGCCUUCUGCCAAUGAUGCAGUGCAAUGUCGACCCACAUAUGCUACCACAGACUAAUUUGCCACUGAAUCUUCCGCUGGUGCAAAAUCAACCGCCCCAGAAUUUCCAAAUCAAGGAUCAGCAUUUACUGAAACCACCACCCGUCAUGGGGGCCACGAGCAGUUUCGGACGAAGAGCCUCGGAUGGCGGAGCAAACCUCCACGUAUUCUACCAACAGCAGCAUGGCAAUGGAACAGGAAAUGGUGAAGAGAGUGGCUGGAGUCAACCAGGCAGCAGAGAACACUUACAAUCUGGAGGAAGCCCCACGUUGGGUCAGUGCUCUCAAACCCUGAGUGUAAGUACAGGGAGCCCAGACAGCAGUGGUGGUGGAAGUAGUGCAAGUUCAACGAGUGGUAACGACAGAAGACGAAGAAGUGGUCUUACAGCUGUUAUGCAACGGCCAGUAAUAAAUCCGGAACUGGUCAUGGAGGUGGAAGCUAGGAUGAAUAGAGCAUAUCUACCAUCGAGACUGCUGCCUUGUCAUUUAAGGGCCGCUGGGCUUCCUCAUCUCAAGAAAACCUCACUAUAUCCUGUUGGAGCUGCAGGCAGCAGAGAUUCUUAUAAAGAACCUACUACUCACGUUGCAGCGGAACGAUAUUCACCAGUGCGGAGAGCCUCCGAGGGAUCCUGUCCACCUGGACCGGGAAUUCAGGCUAUUCAGCAGGAAUAUCAGCAGCUACAGAGACUUGCCUCACCUUCGCACAGUCCGGCUAGUAUUCCGGGAUCUCCGGUUCAUGAACGAGGAGUGGCAGCCAUUACUCAGGGUCUCAGUGGUCUGACGACAGCACCUGUACAAGGGAGUAUUGUUCAUGGUACUCCCACACAACCACCCACAGCACCUCUGGACUUGAGCCCAUUGCGUCACCACAGGUCGCCAGCAACAACACCAGUCAGCUAUUCACCGAGUAACAGUCCUGCUCUCGACAUGAUCCAGGAGGAACACCCGGUUGACAUGCUCAGGAAAAUACCACCUCAAAUAUCAGUGACGGACGUUCUUGGUGGUCAAGUAACUCUUGUCGGGUGUGCUCCAUCGCCCUCACCAUCGGUGGACUCCCUCGAGGAUAAUUUUCCUCACUACAGCCCACUACCAAGUUUCCUAAUAUCCGAACCCUGUGAUCCAUCUCGUCCGAGCAUAACCCGGGGAAUAGGUCGGCUUAAUUCAGUAAGUUCACCGACAACUGAGGUAGAAGUAACAUUAUCUGAUGAAUCGAGUCGUCUCAAUUCCGAGGCUAUACUCGGUCGUGUUAAACAAAUAAUAGAUGCACAUGCAACAACAAAAGGAUUUAUAUUCUCAAGACAGGAGGUUGCUGGUGGUGGACUUAGUCUUGAAUAUCCUGGAGGUGUACAAAUUGAAUUGAGAGUUUGUGAAUUGGAGGAGCGGGAAGUUAAGGGAAUUAAAAUGCGACGAAUAAGUGGUGAUCAGAUGCAGUACACUCAACUAUGUCAACAAUUGAUAUCUUGCAUCACCGUUUGACAAGAGCACACACGAGUGUAUGCACGAAAUAAUUAUACAGUGACAAAACAUGGGUUAUUUGAUGAUGACUCAUCAAUAUUAUACAUUUUAUUGUGUACAUUCCUUACUUUUAUUAUUCCUGGUGCCUCAAAACACCCAAUCAGUAACAGUAUUGCACUGUGCAUACUGCAUAUAUGUAUAUAUACAUAUUUACGUACAUGUACGUACAUUAGAGGAUAUCGUUGUGAUUGUUUAAUGCCUAAAUCAGAAUCACGUGUUGAAUUUAUGAGACAUCGUUAGCGAUGCGUAUGUAUAUGCAUUUUUAUUUGAAAAAAAAAAUCACUUUAUCGUCACUUCAUCGGCUUACGAGUGACAAUUUGUACAAAUCGAUUGUCAACGGUUUAACGGAUUAAUAGAUUGAUUAGGCAACGUUAUUCACUAGACUUGAAUUGACUCUAAUCGUUGUAAAUAGGUGAAUUUAUAUGUAAAUAUGUCAGUAGAUGAGAAUUUAAAAUACUUGAUUAAAGCCAAACAAUUGGAUUAACCGAUUCAGAGAUUUAGAUAAAUCCUUAUUUACACGUACAUUCCAAUUUAUUUGUCUGUCAUCGUUAUUGUGUAGGAAUGAUUAGGCAUGUGUGGUGAUACUGUAUAUAUUUGUGUAAUAUAAUAUUCAAAAAUUGUUGUUUUCGUCAUGAAUGAAUUUUGAAUAUUGAUUGUGGAGGUAAACGCUUUUGUUUUCUUCAGUUUUUACUCAUUUACUGGGGUUUGAAAUAGCAAAAAAAAUAUGGUGUUCAUGUAAUUAUUUUUGUCAGGCACUCGUGAAAAUGUUGUAUUUAAUUCCAAUUAUGUUGACGCGUAUCAUGAUCAUACGCACAAAAAAAAAAUAUAAACACUGCAUAUCUGAGAUGAUAAGGGAAUUUAGAUGCAUCUGCCUGGGAUAACUGGACAGGGGUAUCACACAAA